GCCAGGAAGAUGGGGAAACGUCUCUGAAGAGUAGGUGUUACUUUCAAGUGAAGAACAAAAAAUUAUGUAAUCAGGUGGAUCAACACGGACUUGUUGACAUCAAAUCUUCUGUUGAAGUUGAAGUAACAAGUCUGAGUUAGAAAUAGAGAGGAUGACCGCUAAAGUCGUCGAUUUCGAACAGGAGCACCUUUUGCGGUUGCAAACAGGCUUAGCUUCUUGCGCAGAUUCGUUUCAAGAUGCUAGGUCGUCCUUAAGUGCCUGUUCCAGUAUACUGAGGAGUGUAACCAAGUCUACCGCGUCUACGCAGAGUCGAAGCACCGGUACACAGGCACGUUUCCUGGACGAGAUACAUCACUUAAAGGAGGACCUCCUUGCAGGAGAAGCUGCAUCAGCAGAGCAGCUCUCUCGUUUACGAGACGCAUUGGUUGCGGCCACGAAUGAUGCUGUUGGAGGUCUCAAGGCCGCUUCCUCUGCGGCUGCGCGUGCGCGCCGUCAACAUGCUGACAUCUUUCCGCUCUAUCAAUUGCAAAAUGCCUUGAGGGAGACGGUAGAGAGUCUCUUAUUGGUAGAAAAAGUAGACAUCGAAGAAACUACAAAAGGCGAAAUACUCGGAGAUCUCUUGGUUCUCAGUGCUACAUUGGAUGAUGCACUUGUUGACGGGACUUCUCAAGGAUCCCCCGCCGACACAAAGCACAAUAGCGGCGACAGGUGGAUCGCUACUGUCUUGCAGAGAUUGACAAAGAAGCUAGCGGUUUCUUCUUCAUCUUCUGGUUCUACAAGUAGUACUGCGAGUAGUGCUAGGCCUAGGAUUUCACCAGUAGUAUUGAUGUCACGAUUCCUAGUUGGACAUCGUCCAAUCCGACAUGAGCUACAGGCGGCUAAAGCUAAUGAGGCUGAAGAUCACUUCGCACAGUGGCCUGCAGAUGUGGCGUGGCGACGUAUUCUAGAAGGACGAUGUGGCCAUGGUGGAGCAGGAGUGCAACAGGAGAUCGUGAACUUGCAGUCAGUUAAAGAGCCCUCUAGCAGUAGCAAUGUCAAUUUGCUAACCGACCAGUUGCGCUUCGUUGACCUUUGCAUGUCGUCUCUGACGACUGGUGCAUCACGUUCGAAAGAGGCUAUCCGUCUGCUCAAGCAGUUGCAAGGAGCAGUACAACGAGGAGAGUUGGUUCUUAGGCAGAAAUUUGCGGUCGAUAUAGCAAUCCAGCUGUUUGCUGUUGUCGUAGUUGGUUCCGGUGGCUGUGGUCCUCAUUCUCAACACCAAACGUCGAAGAACUAUUCUGCCUUGGCAUUAGUUGUAGAGCAGGAGCAGGCAACGUCGACGAAGGCAAAGAAGACCGCGCGCACUUCUAUUCCUCCUCUGAAGAUAAUUGAUGAUGAGCAGGCCGGAGAUGUCGAGGACGAUGAUGAGAACCAGAAUGGCUUACGAGUCGUUGCCAACGUGGAUGAUGGCGCGAUCGGAGAUGACGCAGAGGAAAUGCUUCCAUCUUUGUCGUCCCUAUUUACUAUGUCUUCUGGGCGAAAGGCUUUUCGCCCAGAAGGUCAACCUUCGUCUUCCUCCGACUUGGAAGAUAUCAGUGAUAGUACCUCCUCGAUACCAGAGAGCAGCUCCACCGGGGAAAACGUCAACGACUCUGGUGGUUCUGCAACGAGAGAAAACAGGUUGCAAACACUGCGUAAAAUCCUCAGUCAUGCUCGCCAACAAACUUUGCUUAUCGGGCGACCUUCAGCAUCCGCGAGUUCCAAGAAAGGAGUUGAGGGGCCUUCGCACCGAAUAAAGCAGAAGCAGACUGUUGAUGCUCUCUGCAAUAUUGACCAAGCUACAGCUAUGUUGAACGAGAUACGUCAGUCGCAGUCGAACCCAUCCCCCUUUUGGUCUACCCUAUGCGAUCAAAGCAGGUGGACCCUAGCACUUAAUGACGACCUCGCGAGAAUGGGGGUGUAUGGACUAUGUGCUACAGAAUACCCGUUCCUUCUGCGGGGUCUUCUUUCUGAUGACUCAAGCACAUCUUCUCCGAAGGACAACAAGUCUUACUUUCAGAUCUUCUUAGAGGAAUUGGAUGCGUUGGGCGUUUUAUUGGAUAGGACAGAAGACCUCUGAAACUGAAUCUGAAAUUAUAUGACAAAAGACGAUGCUGGAU